GAGCGCCGUCGCCAUGCUGGCUCGACCGGCGCUGGAAGGGGCUCGUGGAGGGCACCAGGCUGCUGGUGCUCUACCAUGGCGACGGCUGCUACCACGAGCGGCUGCUGCGCCAGCCGGUGAGCCGCUCAGCAGGGCUUUGGGUGGCCGCCACGCCCGACUUCGCGGCGUACGACGAGAUCUACUCGGACGCGGAGGUCUUCCGCCGCGUGUCGGUGCUGCCGCCGUCGCGCGCGCUGCCGGGCGGUAUCCGCGAGGCGGACGCGUGCCUCUUCUACGACGGCAGGACGAGGACGGGCGACAUCGCGCCCUCGCUGGUGCAGCGGCUCAUCGCGCGAGCCGACGCCGACCGCGCUGGCCGCGACCGCCGGGGCGGCACAGUCGGCGGCGUCGACACGCCGUUCGACGUCCUUUACCAGAACGGCCGCCCCGCCAACGACGGCUCCAAGUUCUCGGCCGCCCUGCAGUACCUGUGGCCCGAGUUAAAGGCCCAGCGGCAGCUGCCGAGGGCGUGGCGCGCUGUGACAGGGUGGCGCAAGCUCGUGCCCGUCCACAGCCGCACGCCGUUGCCCUACCGCGGGCUGAUGGGGCUGAUCGGCGGGCUGCUCUGGUUUGGCUUCCUCGAAGUGGCGAUCGCCAUCCUGAUCGCCUUCACGGCCUACUUGCGCCCGGGCGAGCUGUUCGCCCUGUCAGCCGGGUCGCUUGUGCCACCAGUCGCAGGCAAAGGAGGCUCACCGUUCUGGGGAAUCAUUCUGGGCGCCCGCGAGCGUGGCCGCGCAAACAAGACAGGCGAGUACGACGAGAGCGUGAUGCUGGACUGGGCGGGCUUCGGAUGGCUCGGCAACAUCCUGCAGCUGCUCAAAGACCAGCGGGCGACGGGCCCUCUCUGGCCCUUCGACGCAGUGCACUUGACCUCCGUGCUGCACGACGCCGCGCUGGCCAGCGGGGUCCACGUGCUGCGCCCGCAGCUCUACUCCCUGCGCCAUGGGGGGGCGUCCUUCGAUGCGAUCUCGCAGACACGGACUCCCCGAGAUCAAGAUGCAGGGCCGCUGGCGGACGGCCCUGGCCUCGCGGGAGCGGAUCGCUAUUGGCUGCGUGGCUUGGGCGCCUCCGUCGUGGCCCUCGAGAUCGCCGACUGCCCGCUGCAGGAUGCGAGCCUGGCUGGAGUGCGCUCGCUGUUGCUCGCCUGGAUCCGGCAGGGUUUCAUCAGCGGCGCGUGGCUGGGCACGCCCUGCUCGUCAUGGAGCGCCGCUCGCCGAGGACAGCCGGGGCGCCCCGGCGGCCCUCGCCGAGCCGCCGGCUGCAUUUGGGGGCACCCCCACGCGCUGCAGCGCCCCGCGGACCGUUCGCGGAUCGAGGUCGGCAACGCGACGGCCAAGUUCUCGCUGGCCAUCAUCUUGGCAUGCAUGACCAAGAAGGUCGCUGUCAUCCUGGAGAAUUCAGCCUGGAACGUGGGCGACCUCGGCCCCCUCCGCCGGGUGUGCUCCGGGCGGCACGGGCUGUGCUCCUGGACCAACAAACGUCGCGUGGUGCUGGAAGGUUCCAAGAUGACGUGCGCUGCGGCCGCCUACCCUCAG